AGUGGAUCAUUUGUACCAGUUCAUUCGCGUCUAUUUGGUACGCAAACAGUAAAAGCAAAAAAAAAAAAAAAAAACAAUUUUUACUAUUUUUCUACGUUUUAUAAAUGAAUACAAAACAAUAAAUAAUGCUUUAAAGCAUAGUUUUAACUGAAUUAAAAGCGAACCGUGUACUUGGUGCACACUUGCCUGGCCCGCGAAAAAUCCAAUCAGAAAACGAAAAGGCCAGCACGAGCACAAAAUGGAAAGGCACUAACUAAUACAACAACAAGAGCAGCAGAAACCACAAUCAGGCCAGCCAGCAUGUCGUGGCAUUUGUGAGCAGCGCGCCAAAAACUUGUCACGAAGUUUCUUGUUAUUGACGUACGCUCCCGCGCUUCGAGCCGCACUUCCCCCGUCCCCCCUCCACGCACACACACAAAUACAUACAUAUACACAUACAGAUUCACACCCACACAUAUACAUAUACCCACCCAGUUCUGACGUCCAAUCCUUAAGUGCUUAGCUGGAGAGAAAGAGGAGGCUUAUGAUGCAUAUCAAGAGCCUGCCACACGCACAUCAGGCCGCUGCGGCAAUGAGCAAUUGCGACAUUGUGAUUGUUGCCGCGCAACCGCAGACCACGAGCGCCAACAACAACAACAAUGACACUGUUACACAGGCCAGCCAUGUCAGCCAUGUGGCAGCUGUGGCGCAUGCACAGCACCAACAGCAACAGCAGCAGCAACAACAACAGCAGCAGCAACAACAGCAGCAGCAACAACAACAGCAGCAGCAGCAACAACAACAGCAGCAGCAGCAACAACAACAACAGCAGCAGCAGCAGCAGCAACAACAACAGCAGCAACAACAGCAGCAGCAACAACAACAACACAAUCAACAGCCGCCCGCGCCCACAGAUGUAUCCCUUCCCUUCAUGCAUUUGAGCGGAAUUUCAGCGGAGGCUCACAGUGCCGCUCAAGCGGCCGCAAUGGCAGCUGCGCAGGCCGCGGCAGCGCAAGCCGCCGCUGCGGAUCAACAGCAGCCAACAGCACAACCUGCACCACCAACGUCGCACACGCUGGCCCAUCUGGUGGCCAAUGCUACGCACAGUCCCACGCUGGGUGAGACGCACUACGUCACCAACGGCCACUCAAACAAUGAGCACUCGGGCGAGGGCAACGGAUCGAGCGGCAGCGGUGGCGGCCGGGAACCAGAAAAGCCGUUCCAUUGCACGGUGUGCGAUAGACGAUUUCGCCAGCUGAGCACACUGACCAACCACGUGAAGAUCCAUACGGGCGAGAAGCCCUACAAAUGCAAUGUGUGUGAUAAGACGUUCCGUCAAUCGUCGACACUGACGAAUCAUUUGAAAAUUCAUACCGGCGAAAAACCGUACAACUGCAACUACUGUCCCAAGCAUUUCCGUCAGCUGAGCACAUUGGCCAAUCAUGUCAAGAUUCAUACGGCCGUUCGAAUGCGUGAUAUGCAAGAAACAAUUCCGGCAAUCGAGCACGCUCAACAAUCACAUAAAGAUCCAUGUCAUGGACAAGGUCUACGUUCCUGUCAAGAUCAAAACGGAGGAGGACGAGGGGUGACUAGGACGCAUGGCGUUGGCGCAACAUCAUCAUCUUCAGCAGCAGCAGCAGCAACAACAGCAACAGCAGCAGCAACAACAUCAACAGUCGUCAACGCCAUCCCAGCAACAACAACAACAACAACACCACAUCGAACAUCAGCGUGGAGUUACCAUUACGACGCUCCCGUCUACUACGACAGUGGCGCAACAUCAGCAACAACAACAACAGCAGCAGCAGCAACAAUCGCAUCUACAGCCCUCGCAUGGCAAUGGCAGCUCGCCGCAUCAUCAUUUCAAUGUAGCCGCCUUGGGUGAUUUAUCCGGCGCGAUGCAACUGGGCGCCGUGACGGCCGAUGGUAAUUUUGUGACCAUGGGCGGCGUUGUAGUUGGCCGCAUUCAGCAUCCGCGCAGCGAGGAGCUGCAUCAUCUGGGCGUCAUCAAAGUGGAAUCGCCAACAAAUGGCAUUGUCAAUGUGGCAGCGGCUGCCCAACGUGACGGAUGAGUCGAUAGGCUGCUCCUCGAGCCAAUGCUCAAGGAGCUCGUUGAGCUGAAUGAUAUUGCGUAUGUGGAACUGGAGCACGAUCAGCCGCAGCAGCAACAGCAGCAACGACGACGACGGCGACGUCGCCACGAAACAUAGACUGUCAACUGGGUAUUGUUGUCGUUGUUGUCGCUGUUGUCGUUGUUGUUGCUUUCGGUGUAUACGCUUACGUUGUUGUUAGUUGUUUAAUUGUAGCGAAACCUUGUUGUUGUUGUUAAGAUUUAAUCGUAACUGAGAACUUACCGAGAUGAAUUAUCAGGCUCAACGCUGGCUAGCACUCAUCUAUUUCUAGCUCUUGAGUCUUAGCGGAAAAGUAUGUGUUAUAUAAGCGUAUUAGAAAACUGAGAUGUUAGCUGCAGCUAAGCCUGAAUAUGUAUAGCAAAACGCUUCAAUAGUAGCUAAAAGAGAGGAUAUCGUAACCAACAGCAGCUAGCGCUCCAUGGCCUAAAAAGCAAAACGAAUGAUCAGAAAUAGAGCACACUCAACUUACACACACAUACACACACGCAUUCACAAUCACUUAACGAGGCAAUAGGUUUACAACAAGCUCCCUCUCAACCUUCUAACUAUACAUAUACAUUUAAUAGCUAACUAACUGUAACUGGUAGCGCAAAACUCCUAAACAAAAAACAAAAAAUAGAAAGAAAGAAAGAAUGAAGUUCAUUGAUAAGCAAAAAGUCAUUUCGUUUAAGUUGAAAGUUAAACAAAAAAAAAAAUAAAUAAAAUAAAAGAAAAGAAAAACAAAAGAGAAAGAGAAAAAUGCUUCACAAAGUGCAAACAAAAAGAUUAAGGAACACUAGAAAUGUUUUUAAAGAUUUGUUAUAUAUAUUUACAUAUACUGAUACGAGAGAAAAACCAGGAACUUUAAUUCAAAUUUUCAAUUUCAAAUUGUUCUUUAGCAUUUAAACGUUUAAGAGAUUGUUGUAAAUUGUUUUAGUACGAAAUUGAUUCUGCUGCAUUCGCUGGAAAACAGAUUGACUUAGUCAACGUUGCCCAAUGUCUUAAUUUACUUUUGUAAAACAUUAAACGCAAAAAAAAGCAAGAAUAAUUAUAAUACUUAUUUUCAGUAAAAUUGUAAAGCAAAAUUGUAAAAAUUGCAGCCAUCUUAAUAGGUCUUUGCUCCAAGGGCCUAACAAAUCCAAUUUGUUUUUAAUUCUAGCCUAAUUAUUUAAACAUUGUU